AUGGGCAGGAACAGAUUGCGCGGUAACUCACCAACAUAUUUGACCCCUUCUCCGAAAGAAAUUACACCACCUUCGUCGAUCUACGGAGACUGGGACACAGAGACGGCCAUGUCUCGAUCACGGCCAGGUAGUCUGGCGAUUCCUCGCACAUCGUCACCCGGAGCCAGACUUCCAUCAUUGGGCGAAAUUCUGUCCAACACCGCUCCACCGCCGUGGACGCUCAGCGCAUUUACUGCAUAUUUGUCACAAAAUCAUUGUCUGGAAACACUCGAAUUCCUCGUGGAAGCAGACCGCUACCGGAAAGCCUAUGAGGAUCACUUCAUGAACCAAGAACACGAGCUACAGUCCGAGGAUGAGAGCGUUUGCGAUACGUGGCAAAGGAUCAUGCAGGCGUACAUAAUGCCGUACAGCCCCCGAGAGGUUAACCUGCCCGCUCCCGUCCGGGACCGUCUGCUACAGCUCGAAUGUUCCGACUCGUCCGUACCACAACCAUCCGAGCUGGAGGAGGCAGUCAGCAUCGUACUCGAAUUGAUGACCGACUCGCUCUUGUAUCCAUUCCUCCAAUCUGUUGUACAAUCUGAAGCUCAUGGACAAGAGGUUGUUGGCGAGAGAAAGAGCAGAUCGCGACUUCGUAUACCCAGAGAUUUGAUCCAUUCCUCCGCUGAGGAGGGAUCGCAAUCACCAAAAACAAGCUUUCUUCCACUCCUCCUCGGUCGCAGCAGUCCAGUUGCCAACCGUUCCAACUCUGGCUCUGGUGGUUCUGCUUCAGGAUCAGGCCUGGGUUCCGAACACAUGGAGGUCGAUCUCGUUGCCGACGAUAGCAGCAGCCCAAACACAACACCAGGCACAGAGCCCAUGACACCCCCAACCACGCCACCUACCUCGGACUUCACAUUCACUUCCCCUAACAACCUGCAUCGGGCGCUUACGGGAAACAGCUGGAAGAGGAUGGGUGCUCGCCUAGGCAUAGGCAGAAAGCACCGGGCGACGCGUCACUCUCAGCCAACAAACAUGCCCACAAGUGCGGCGCCAGAACCACUGUCCUCAACCCGCUCUGGACCAGCUUCCUUAUAG